AUGAAACUCUAUCUAGAAUCAGAAAGCACCAACACAUCUCUGGCGUUUGCACUUGCAGCGACCCUCAUUGCGACCCUGUUAAACUCCAUCUCGAGUGACUUCACAUCUUCCCAUUUAGUGGGUUGGCUCGGUACCAGCUACCUUUUGGCAACCUGUUCCUUUAAUCCGCUCUAUGGGAGACUAUGUGACGCGAUGGGACGAAGAGGUGCAAAUCAAACUGCUCUCGUCCUUCACGUCCUAGGUCUGUUGGGCUGUGGUCUCUCGAGGAACAUGGAGACAUUGAUUGCGGCUCAUUUCCUGGCUGGGAUCGGUGGAGGAGGUCUAGUUACUACUACCCAGGUAAUCAUUUUGGACAUGUAUAGCGUUUGGGAGCGCGGUCUCGCCACUGCCAUGGCUUCAGUUUUCAAUGUGUUAGGCACAGGCCUGGGCGUGCUUUAG